AUGUCAGAACAUUUUAACGGCAAUAUAGCUCUAACGAUAGAGCCAUCAACAACAACGACAACCAAUGUUAAACCAAUGAGAAAGAGGUCAAGAACUUCUUUAGUAUGUGGAAAUUGUAGAAGAAAGAAAGUUAGAUGUGAUAAACAAUAUCCAUGUUCUAAUUGUGUUAAAUCUAAAUGCAUUGAUACUUGUCAUUAUGAUAAUAGUACUAGCAACAACACAGAUUCUACUGCCACUAAGAUGGCACCAACCCCUUUACCUAGUCAAUUAGAUUCGGCCCCUUCAUUACCUUAUGUCUCCAGUGCAAAGAAUCCAAUCGUAUUUGCUAAUCAAAAACAUAAGAAACAAAAGGUACAUCAUCAUAAUCAUUCACAUCAUACUAAUACAUCUCCACAACAACAUCAUCAGCAGGAACCGGUUGCACUUGAACUUCAACCGACACUAACGCAGGCACCUGGAACAGCUUCAAGCGCAGCAAAUGAUCAAGUCACUAUAUCUUUAAGCGAAUUGACUUCUUUAAAGGAAAGGCUACAAAAUAUUGAAUCAUCUAUAAUCAAGAACAAUAGCAGUCCCACUUCUCCUCAGAGACCACCACCACAGACACUUCUACAACCUCCUACUCCUUCACAUAGUCAAGUCAAUACUCAUUAUAGUUUUGCCGAAACCAUGCGUAAAGCUUCCACUCCUGGGGUUUUACCACCGCUUAUUGCUUCCGCAUGGAGUCCAGGACCUUCAGACUCAAAUAUAUUCAACCAAGGAAUACCUUCUUCUACUUCACAGCCGGUACUGGGAAGAUUAUCUACAUCUUAUAAUAUUUCAAAUACAAGAAGUCAAUCACCUCCAGGUGGCGCAAUACAAUUGCCUCCACUUAUGUUCAAUUCGAAGCAACUGCUGAUGAAUUAUCCAGCAGGAUUCAGUCCUACCAACAGACCAGUCACUCACAAUGGGAUAGUAUCCGAAGAUAACACGCCAACAUAUUCUGCAACGGCCAAUAAUUCACAAAUUAGACCUGGAUAUGGCAAUUCAACUGAUUCAUCUCCGAACUUCCCAAUUGCUGAUCGUCCACGUGAAGAAACUUUACUCGGAUAUAACCCAUAUUUGAAUGAUGAAGAUACGAUUAAUUUUUAUGAAGAUUAUACUUCAGUCUACAUUAAAGAACCUCAUCGUCGUGUCAAUUUCGGACCAUUUGCAUGGUCAUCAUUAAUGCGUAGAGAUAAAGCUUUGACCGUCCUUUGGGAUUAUGUUGCCAAAAAGAAGGAAAAGGAUUCGUCACAGACUUUGGUAUUUGCAGAAGUAAAUCACGAAAUCACCCAGGAAAACAAUGCUGUUGUAGCUGGUGAAUCAACUGAAACGGAUGCAUCCUUUAAAAAGAGAGCCUUGGAAACUGAUGGAUAUACGGAUAUGAUCCCAUAUAAUAAUAUCUUAAAAGCUCGUAUUGCGCAACAAGAAAAACCACAAGAACAAGUUAUGACACAAAAGGAACAGUUGAAUAAGAAUUGUUUACGAUUAGGAUUAACUUUCUAUGAAGGUCAAAUUGAUCGUGAAUUAAUGUUAAUCGAUAAGAUCCAAUUCAUCCUUCCUAAACAAAAAGUCAUUUGGAAAUUAAUUGAUCGAUUUUUCACAUGGGUAUACCCCUUCAUGCCAUUUGUGGAUGAGGAAGACUUCCGUGAAUCAAUCAGUAAAAUAAUCGGACCGGAAGGAUAUGAAGACGCAAAAAUAAGUGAAAUUAAAGUAGAGAAGAGAUUGGAUUUAGCCGUGAUUGGAACAUUGUUGGUGAUGUUAAGAUUGUCUUAUCUUUCCUUAUUUAGCAAUAAGACAUCAGUGAAUGAAGAACGAUUGAAUUCAGCUGAUCCUUGUGAACAUUCUCAAUGUGUGAAAUAUUUAUUACAGAAUCCAAUCAGUAUAAAUACCGUGGAUGUUUCACAAUGCUGUUUAUACCAAUUUCAAAUCUUGAGAAAAACAUCAUUACCGGUUUUACAAUUGGCAUUUUAUUUACGGUUAUAUCAUACGUACGCGCCAGAAGAUGGCGAUGGUGCCGAUGGUGGUGAUUCACAGACUUUGAAUGCAGUAUUGAUCCAAAUGGCAUAUUCUUUGGGUUUAAAUAGAGAACCCGACAAUUUCCCUGAUGUUUUAAAUAACAAGAAACAAAAUCAUUUGUGUAGAAAGAUUUGGCAUUAUUUAGUCUUGGGUGAUAUUCAUAAUUCAUAUUCAUUUGGAAGUCCUACCGCCAUAGAUCCAAAUUCGUAUGAUACGAAAUUUCCAUUCCAUGAAGAAGGAAAUGAGAAUUUGAGAGAUAAGACAUUAGAUCGAUUUGUUACUUCCUGCUUCUUCCCUACUUAUAUUAGAUUAUAUGAAAUUUUGACAGCUAUUCUUAAGUUGGUACUUAAUGUUCCUGGAAGAACUAAGGUUGGUGAAUUAUGUAAGUUAUUAAGUGAAUUUGAAGUCUUGAUGGCUCAGAAGUAUGGAAGUUUGGCUGAUUGUUUAAACCCACCUACUAAGGAUACACAUAUCUUUGCCAGGAAUUUCCCCACGAAAUUCUAUAUUUCAUUAAAGACAUUUUUAGUUGCCGUUUAUUAUCAUAUUUUCCUCCAUUAUGAAGCCACUAAUCUAGAACUUUCAUUUUUCUAUUUGAAGAAGAUAAUUAAGAUUGCAUGUACGGAUAUGAUGCCACAUUAUUUUGAAUUAUUAGGUAAUAGUGAAGUUAUUUGUGAUAUGAUGAUUAAUCCAAAGCUUGAACAAAUUAUUCAUAAAUUGAAUCAAAUCAAUUUAGCCAUGAUUGUCAGAGUGAAUUUCAUGAUUUAUCAGUGCAGAUCACAACCUGAUCAUGAUGUAAGAUGUUCUUCAGAUCCUCAAUACUUCGCAUACUACAAGGAAUUAUGUAAAUUUUCAUCAUGUGUAACUAGAUGCGCUGAAGUUUCAGUUGCUGCGGUGUCAAAGUUGAGUAAUAGAUAUUAUUAUGCAUGGAGAAUAACAAAGAGUCACACAUAUUUAUUAAAGAUUGUUACAAAUAUGGAUUUUUAUGCCGAUGAAUAUAAGAAUCAUAAUGAUAAAUUGAACCUUUCUACUUAUUCAGUGGAUCAAAUUGAAGAAUUGGUUGGGAUGUGUGAAGGAGCUUUAGCAAAAUUGGGAAAACAAUGUUUGAUUGGGAAGUCAUUCUGUAAAGAAGCGGAAUAUAAAUUACAAAAGAGUAGUAAUUCAAUAAGUACCGCUUCAUCAACAUUCUCGAACAACGACACUCCAUUAGAGAUUGCAUCUACGGUUGAUACCGAUUCUUCAUCGUAUGAUAACAACAACAAUCCUAACAAUGCCAACAACGACAAGAAUAAUGAUACGUUUGCAAAUGAAUUCGGGUUGAAUUUCAAUAAUAGUGAAGAAAUCGAUAAAUUAUGGAUUCAAAUGUUGUCCAUGAAACAUGAAACCACCGGCUUGUCAUCCGCCCCCGGUGGACCAGUCGCCCCACCUACACCAAGCUCACUAUCGAGAAGACAGAGCUAUGCUCCUACUCCGAUGACAGGAAGUUUUAGAAGUCAGUUUACUGGGAAUAAUGUCGCCCCAACACCAGCCAAGUAUGGAACUCCGGGGUUGCCUGAUUUGUUUAAUGGAAUGGAUGUGGACGAGAGUGUUCCGUUUGAUAUGUUUGGUGAUUUGCCUUUUGAUCAGUUGUUUAGUUUUUAA